AUGUUCGAGUACAAGCCCCCCCUCCUACCAUCCAUAACGAGCGGUUCAUCUAACCUGGCAGCAGUUGAGCACUACUUACAGCAGAGGAGAGAAAUGCUCUCUAUCCUUAAGAGGGAGCUAACUAACGUCCAGAAUAGGAUGGAGCAAGCAGUAGACAAAAGAAGGAGUGACAGAGAUUUUGAAGUAGGAGACAAGGUGUUUCUUAAGGUGAAGAGGUUCCUACAACAACCUUUCAUGCCCACACCUAUAUCCAAGCUCAGCCCCAAGUAUUUCGAGCCCUAUGUCAUCGAAGCCAAGGUAGGGAAGGUGGCUUACAAACUAAGGCUGCCCGAAGGGAUACAUGUGCACCCCAUGUUCCAUGUUUCUCUGCUUAAGAGAUCCAUCGAACUAGGGGCAUCCACGAGCCCACAACUACUAGAGAUCGAAGAUGAAUUAGAGGAGCACCUGGAACCUAGGGCUAUCCUAGACAGGAGGGUGGUGCACCAAGGAGCAGUGCCCCUUAUCCAAGUUUUGGUCCAAUGGUCACACCUCCAGUCCGACUGUACCACCUGGGAAUACCUCCAUGAGCUGUUGAAGAAAUUUUCCAGAGCUACCAGACUACUUUAA